AUGGAUUUCGGCGGAGCCCCCAGGUUUUUAACCCGACCUAAGGCGUUUGCCGUCUCCGCCGGCAAGGAUGCGACCCUCGCCUGUCAGAUUAUCGGCAACCCGGUGCCGCUGGUGGUGUGGGAAAAGGAAAAGGCGCCUGUAAAAUCGGGAGGCCGCUUCAAAACGGUGGAGGACGGCGACCUGUACAAGCUGACCAUUUACGACCUGUCCACGGGCGACAGCGGCCAGUACAUCUGCAGGGCGAAGAACACGGUGGGAGAGGCGUACGCGGCGGUCACUCUGCGGGUCGGCGUCGAGCAGGAAGGAGGGCUGGGAGUCCAGUGCGCCCCGUUCUUCCUGCUCAAGCCCUGCUCCCUCAGGGUGUGCCUGGGCGACGACGCCAGCUUCUCCUGCAAGGUGGAGGGAAACCCGACGCCGUCCGUCCACUGGCAGAAAGACGGCGAGGUGGUGGGAGGCGACGGCGGCAACAACCGCUACUCGGUGGAGACGGCCAGCGACAGCAGCACCCUCAAAAUCUACUGCGUCAGGUUUACCGACGGCGGCGCCCUGCUGUGCAGGGCCCUCAACCCGCUGGGCGAAAGCCAGGCUGUCGCCGCCCUGGUCGUCCUCUCCCCGGAUGACGCCGCUCCUCUUCACUCGGCAACUUCCGAGUCCGGCUACGCCAAGACCUCCCUGCUGUCCCAACUGCAGCAAAGGCGGGAGCAGAUCCGCUGCUCGGAGAUUCCCACCUCAGCGGCGUCCUCGGACACCUCCUUCCCGCCUCCGUCGGCCGGCCGUCACCUCUCGCGAGAUUAUGAGAAGGCGGGAAGCUACCGCUCGUCCUACGCGCCGCUCUCGGGCACGGGCGCAGGCGCAGGCUCAGGCUCGAGCGCGGCGGUUGGCUGGGCCCGCACGUGCACUGUGACCGAGGGCAAACACGCCAAGCUGAGCUGCCAAGUGACAGGCAAACCCAAACCCGAGAUCCUGUGGAAAAAGGACGGCGAGGUCAUCUGCUCGGGCCGCCGACAUGUCCUUUUCGACGACGACGAGGACAACUUCGUGCUGAGGAUCCUCUACUGCAAGCAGAACGACAAUGGGCGCUACACGUGUACGGCUUCCAAUUUGGCAGGACAGACUUACAGCUCGGUGCUGGUCAUCGUCAAAGAACCAAGCAUAUCCUUUAAGACCAAACUGAAAGAUGUUGAAGUUGUGGAGAAGGAAACUGCAACCCUCCAAUGUGAAGUUCCUAUUCCUGCCAUACAGGCCAGUUGGUUCUUAGAGGAAACUGAGAUAGCUGAGAGCACCAAAUAUCAAAUAGAAGAGGAAGGCACCCUUAGAAAACUUACUAUCAAAAAUGUUACUACUGAUGAUGAUGCUGUCUAUAUCUGUGAAAUGAAAGAAGGCAGCAGAACGGUUGGAGAGUUGACAGUGAAAGGUAACAUUGUUAAGAAACUUCCAAGGAAAACUGCAGUACCAGAAAAUGACACUGCCAUUUUCUGUGUGGAACUGGACAGUGGCUGUAAGAAUAUCAGGUGGACAAAGAAUGGAAAAGAACUAGAACCAAAUGAUAGAACAACCAUCACUGUUUCUGGCAAGCGGCACACCCUUACUAUUCGUGAAUGCAAAUGGGAAGACAUUGGAGAGAUAGCUCUUUUGGCAGAUGACUCUAGAACAUCAACUCAAUUCACAUUAACAUCUCCCCGAAAAGUUCCACCGCAUCCCCCAGUCAACCCUGUGGUGAAAGAGAAAACAGAAACAUCUGUCACUUUGGCUUGGUCUCUCCCUCAAGAUGUGCCACCUGCCCCUGUCACAGGAUACAUAAUAGAAAAAAAGAAAGUGGGAAGCAAUACCUGGACAAGGUGUCACACUACAGACAAGAUAACGGCACAAGAAUUCACAGUGAGUGGCUUGCCAGAAGGAGCUAAUUAUCAGUUUAGAAUUAGUUCUGUAAACAACUUCACCCAGAGCACCUACCUAGAAGUCCCAGGAACAUUUCAUUUUGAACCUAAAGCUUCCAUUGAGACACCUUUGCAAGAUGUUGAAGCUUCAACAGGUGAAGAUGCAACCUUCUUUGUUGAACUAUCUACAAUUGCUCCAGGGAUGUGGUUCAUAAAUGAAAAAGCUAUACAAAGCAGUCAGAAUUACACAGUACAGAGAACUAAAAAUACACACACACUAAUAAUUAAACAAGUGAGGUCAUUGGACAAUGACAUUGAAGUGAAAUUUGUAGCAAGCAAUGCUGAAAGCACUGCUAAAUUAAGAGUGAAAGCAUUGCCAGUGGCGCCAGUGAAUUUCACAAACAAGUCAGCAGAAAAGGAGAUUAUUUCUGUUUCGCAGAAAGGUACAGCUCAGUUUAUUGCUGAGAUUUCUGUCAGAGCUGCAAAAGUAACCUGGACAAAAGAUGGCAAGGAGAUCAAGUCUAGCAAGAAGUAUGAAUUUCAAACUUUGGAUCAGCGCCGCAUCUUGAAGGUCAACAAUGUAACUUUAGAAGAUGCUGGGAUUUACGAAUGUGUUUGUGAUGGCAAUAAAAUGUCAUUUCAGCUCUAUGUAAAGGAGACUUCUCACUUUUUUAACAAAGAGAAAGUGGAACGCACUAUUACUACUGUGUUUGGAGAGAAAACAGAGUUCUUUAUUGAGACUGUUGACACCUAUACCAAAGUACAGUGGUACAAGAAUGGUAAAGAAAUCAAGCAAACAAAAAAAUUUACAAAAGAAAGCAAGGGAAAGCAACACAGGCUUCUUAUUUCAACUACAACAAAAGAGGAUGAAGGCACUUAUACAUGCAAGUGUGGAGAAGACACUAUGAGCUUUGAUUUAAAAAUCAUGGAAGCAGCUGCAACUAUCAUGAAGAAAUCCACGACGCAAACAGAGUACACAGCGAGUGCGGGAGAGAAAGUAGUUCUUGUUUGUGAAGUAUCUCAGUCUAAUGUUGAAGGGAAAUGGUACAAAAAAGGACAGGAAGUAAAACUGAGCAAAGCAGUAAAUGUUGAAUCAGAAGGUACAACACGAAGAUUAGUCCUUCACAAUAUCAAAUCUGGAGAAUCUGGUGAAUACGUAUUUAAAACCAAAGCAGAUGAGAUUGGUAUGAAUGUUACUGUUAAAGAACCAGAGCCAGGGUUUGUCAAUAAAGAAUCAGUUGAGAAACAGAUAACAGUUCGUGCAUCAGAGAAUGCUAUUCUCAGCUGUGAAGUGUCCCAACUCAAAACUGAGGUCAAAUGGUCCAAAAGUGGAAAAAUUCUCAGUCCCAGUUGGAAGGUUAAACUUGAAUCUGAUGGUAGAAUUAGAAAACUUGUCAUUCAGAAUGCAGAGUUAAAGGAUGGAGGCAAUUACAUUUGCGAAGCAGCCGGAGAGAAACUGAUUUUCCAUAUUGAGGUUACAGAACUGGAAGCCGGAUUUGCCAAUAAAGAUUCAGUUCAGAAAGAAGUAAAAGUUUGCCAGUCAGAGAAUGCUAUUCUCAGCUGUGAAAUGUCACAGUCCAAAACUGAGGUCAAAUGGUUCAGAGAUGGAAAACUACUCAGUCAGAGUAAAAAGAUGAAACUUGAAUCUGAUGGUAAAAUUCGAAAGCUUAUCAUUCAGAAUGUGCAGUCAAAAGAUGGCGGCGACUACAUAUGUGAAGCAGGUGGAGAGAAACUGACCUUCAAUAUUCAGGUUACAGAACCAAAACCUGUAUUUGCCAAUAAAGAACUCGUUCAGAAAGAGUUAAAGGUCCGAGCAUCAGACAAUGCUAUUCUCAGCUGUGAAGUGUCCCAACUUAAAACUGAGGUCAAAUGGUCCAAAGGUGGAAAAAUUCUCAGUUCCAGUCAGAAAGUUAAACCUGAAUCUGAUGGUAAAAUUCGAAGACUUAUUAUUCAGAAUGCAGAGUUACAGGACGGAGGCAAUUAUAUCUGCGAAGCAGCUGGAGAGAAAUUGAUUUUCCAUGUCGAGGUUACAGAACUUGAAACAGGAUUUGCCAAUAAAGAUUCUGUUCAGAAGGUUGUGAAAGUUCAACAGUCAGAGAAUGCAACUCUUAGCUGUGAAGUGUCACAGUCCAAAACUGAGGUCAAAUGGUUCAGAGAUGGAAAACUGCUCAGUCGGAGUAAAAAGAUGAAACUUGAAUCUGAUGGUAAAAUUCGAAAGCUUAUCAUUCAGAAUGUGGAGCCAAAAGAUAGAGGUGAAUACGUAUGUGAAGCAGUUGGAGAAAAACUGACCUUCAGCAUUCAGGUCACAGAGUUACCCAUCUUGUUUACGAAGAAGCUGGAAAAUGUAAAUGCACUGUGCAAUGAUACGGUUGUGCUUACAUGUGAAUUAAAUCAAGCAAAGAGUGAUGUCCUGUGGCGACGAAAUGGAACAGAAAUCAAACCAAGCCGUAGGCUAAAAAUACGGGCAGAUGGUCAGAAGCGAAGUUUGACCAUUUGUGAAGUAACUACUGAGGAUGAGGGAGAAUACCUUUGCGAAUCAAAGGAUGAUGUUACAACUGCUAAAUUGACCACCAAAGUUCCAAAGGUUAUUAAGUUUGAAAGUGAGCUUCACAGUGUAGUUGCUGUGGAAGGAGAGGAUGCUGCCUUUAAAUGCACUGUGUCUCACGAAGAUGCUGCAAUUACUUGGUAUAAGAAUGGAGUCAAAAUUGAACCAAGUGAGAAAUAUGUUAUAUCAUGUGAAAGAACCAACCAUGGUUUGACCAUUACAAACCUGAUACUGAAGGAUGCGUGUGAAAUUUCUGCACAAGCUGAAAAUGUAAAAACAACUGCCAAGCUUCAAGUUCAAGAAGCUCCAGCCUUGUUUACAAAGAAAUUGGGGAACCUGACAGUUGAAGAAAAAGAUACAGCCAUUUUGGAAGUGGAACUCUCCAAACCUUGUGGUGAAGUUAAAUGGAUGAAAAAUAAUAUCAUCAUUCAGCCUGAUGGAAAAAUAGAUAUUAAGGUCGAUGAAAACAAGCAGACCCUUACCAUUAAAAAUGUGAGCUUUGCUGACCGUGGAAAUUACUCCUGUGAAACACUUCAUGAAAAGACAAAAGCAAAAUUGAAUGUUGAAAUGAGAAAAAUUAAACUGAUCAAAGGAUUGGGAGAAAUGAAAGUACAUGAGAGAGGAACUUGCACUUUCGAAAUUGAGCUGUCCCAUGAAGAUGUGGAAACAACCUGGUUGAAGGACAAUGUCAGAAUGAAAUCAGGAGCCAAUUGCAGGAUUACCACAUUGGGCAAGAAGCAUGCCCUGACAUUGUCCAAUUUGAAGAUUGAAGAUUCAGGGCUGGUUAGUUUCAAAGCUGAAGACAUACGCACAUCUGGAAGACUGAUUGUAACAGAGCCUCCAGUGACUUUUUCCAAAGCUUUAGAAGAUAUCAAAGUUCCAGAGAAAGACAAAGUUAUUUUUGAAUGUGAACUCUCAAGAGCCAAUGCAGAAGUUAAAUGGUUUAAGGAUGAUGUGGAGAUUAAACCAGGGAAAGGAUAUAGCCUUAUAUCUAAAGGAAGGCAAAGAAGCCUGAUCAUUCACCGUUGUGGAAAUGAACACCAAGCACAAUACACAUGUGAUGCGGUGGAUUGCAAGUCAACAGCCAUGCUUACUGUCCAUGCUCGCGACAUCAAAAUAAUCAGGCCCUUGGAAGACCUCGAAGUGAUUGAACAAGAGAGUGCUGCCUUCUUAUGUGAAAUCUCGCAUGAUGAAGUCGAUUGUCAGUGGUUAAAGAAUGAUGUAAAAAUUAGGGCUGGGGAAAACGUGAAAAUUCGUCAGGAAGGAAGGAACCAUAUUCUGUUCUUUAAAUCAGCAAAAACUGAAGAUGCUGCAGAGAUCAAGUUUGUUGCUGAAAGUGCUGCUUCCAAAGCUUUCCUUCGAGUUAAAGAAUUGCCAGUUAAAAUUGUGAAACCCUUGAAGGAGAAAAUUGGCAUAGAGAACCAUCGUGUAAUUUUUGAAUGCAAGGUUUCCAGACCAAAUGCUGCUGUCAAAUGGUAUUGCAAAGGCAAAGAAGUUCAUCCCAGUAAAAAAUAUGAGAUUGUGAGUGACGAUGUGUACAGGAAACUCACAAUUAAUAAUGUCGCUUUUGGAGAUGAAGGCAGCUACAUGUGUGAUGCCAUAGAUGACAAAACUACAGCAAUGUUAUAUGUAGAAGAGCAAACAAUUACCAUCACUAAACAGCUAUGUGAUGUGGAAGUGACAGAGCCAAAUGAUGCCUGUCUUGAGUGUGAGCUUUCAAUUGCUGAUGUAAAGCCUCCAAAAUGGAUACUAAAUGGUGAAAUUCUUCAAGCUUCUGAAGAUGUGGACAUUGAACAUUGUGGCAUUAUUCAUCGUUUAACUCUGAAAAAAACAAAUUGUAAAAUGACUGGCUUGCUGCAGUUUAUUGCAGGGAAAUCAAAAUCUGAGGCAAGGCUGACCAUUAAAGAGCCCCCAACAGAGGUAGUCAGACAGCUACAGAACAUUACAGUUGAAGAGAGGAACUCUGCUACUUUGAGCUGUGAGUUUACGCCUACGCCCAAGGUGGUUAGAUGGUACAAAGACCAGAACUUAAUCAAAUCUUCUGACCGAUACAAAUUCAGCCAAAAUAAGAAUGAGUUAGAACUUACCAUUUCAAAUCUCAAACCCGAAGACUCUGGUGAAUAUAGCUGCAAGUCAAGUAAUGCACAGACCACAGCCAUGCUCACAGUUGAAGCUCUAAAAAUAAAAAUAAUAAAACAUUUUGAAGACAUAGAUACUGAGGAGGACAGCAAUCUAGUUUAUUCGUGUGAGUUGUCUCAUGAUGUUGAAGAUGUUCAGUGGUAUCUAAACGAUACCCCCUUACACUCAAAUGAAUUCAAUGAGAUAAAGAAACAAGGAAAGAGACACACGUUAAUUCUGAAAGGUGUAACACUUGAUGAUACAGGAACGGUUAUGCUGAAAGUGAGAGAUGUGACAGAAAAAGCACAGCUGAAUGUUCGAGAAAAGCCGGUGGUGUUCAUGAAAUCCUUGGAUGACAUCGUUGGGGAAGAGAGAGGAAUGAUAACACUGGAGUGUGAAGUAUCAAAGCCCAAAGCCAAUCCUGUCUGGAAAAAAGAUGAUGUGGUUCUUGGUUCAAGUGACAAAUAUGAAUUACUACAUGCUGGAAAAACACUUUGCCUCAUAGUACAUGACCUGAAUAAAAGUGAUGCUGGACUGUAUACUUGUGACAUAGGCAGCGACAAAGCAAGUGCUAAAGUCUCCAUCCAAGAUCUGAAUAUUGGAAUCACAAAACGACUAAAGAGCACAGAGAUUAAAGAAGGAGAAAAUGGAUCUUUUGAAUGCAUUCUUUCUCAUGAAAGCAUUGACGAAUAUUACUGGACUGUAAAUCGGCUGUUAGUGGAAGGCAAUGAACGAUUUGAGGCAUUUAAUAUUGGCCGAAAAUACAUCCUCAAUAUUAAGGAGGCAGCUCUUUCAGAUGCUGGAGAAGUUAUUUUCCAUGUGCGCAAUCUCAGCUCGAAAGCCUCAUUGAUGGUAAAAGAAAAACCAGCAGAAAUCAAAAAACAACUUGAGAACUUAGUGGCAAUAGUAGGUGAAGAGAUUGAACUGAGCUGUGAAACCUCCAAGCCUGAUUCUUCAGUGAAGUGGUUUAAGGAUGACAAAAGAAUUAGAAAGAGUCAUAGAUAUGAAAUAUCUCAGCAAGGAGCUGUAAACAAAUUGAUAAUUCAUCAAGUCACUACAAAGGACUCAGGAGAGUAUGCAUGUGGGACAGAGACUUCUAAAACCACAGCUACUGUCAUUGUAAAUGAGGUAGUAAAUCGAUUUACCAAGGAAUUACAUGACAUAAAAACUGAAGAGAAAGGAACCACAGUUUUUGAAUGUGAAACAGAACAGAUAGCAGACAAGGUUGUGUGGAGAAAAGGGAUGGCAGAAAUCAAGCCAAACAAGAAGUAUGAAUUGAAUCAGGAUGGCAUUUUACUAAGCCUUACAAUUAAUCAGCUUGAGAAGAUUGACAGUGACCACUACACAUGUGACAUUGGUAAUGCACAAUCAAGAGCUCACCUGACAGUUGCAGGUCAGAAAGUCCGAAUAGUUGAAGAUCUUGAAGAUAUUGAAGUCCUUGAAGGUGAAUCAGCAACAUUUAAGUGCAAAAUAUCGCCACCGGAUUAUGGCAACAUUCAUUGGUUCCUGGAUAAAACACCUCUACACAGCAAUGAUGUGAACGAAAUUAAAUCACUCGAGGAUGGCUAUCACAUUUUAACAGUUAAAAAACUUUCAGUGAAAGAUUCUGGCAAUAUAACGUUUGAAGCUGGCGAUAAGAAAACCUCUGCUGCGUUGACAGUGAAAGCCUUGCCUGUGCUUUUCAAACAAGAACUUCAGAAUGAAGAAGCUGAAGAAAAUGGUACUGCCACACUGCGCUGUGAGCUUACCAAACCCGGUGCUUCAGUAGAAUGGAAAAAGGGAUCUGUAAUACUUUGCUCAAGUGAGAAGCAUGAAAUGAAACAGAAAGGUGCUAUCACUGAAUUGUCAAUCCACAAUCUGAAAAUAGAAGACACUGGAACAUAUAUAUGUGAUACCGGAGAUCAACAGACCAAGGCUUGCCUAAAAGUAAAGGCCUUGCCUGUGCUUUUCAAACAAGAACUUCAGAAUGAAGAAGCUGAAGAAGAUGGUACUGCCACCCUGCGCUGUGAGCUUACCAAAUCCGGUGCUUCAGUAGAAUGGAAAAAGGGAUCUGUAAUACUUUGCCCAAGUGAGAAGCAUGAAAUGAAACAGAAAGGUGCUAUCACUGAAUUGUCAAUCCACAAUCUGAAAAUAGAAGACACAGGAACAUAUAUAUGUGAUACCGGAGAUCAACAGACCAAGGCUUGCCUAAAAGUAAAGGCCUUGCCUGUGCUUUUCAAACAAGAACUUCAGAAUGAAGAAGCUGAAGAAAAUGGUACUGCCACACUGCGCUGUGAGCUUACCAAACCCGGUGCUUCAGUAGAAUGGAAAAAGGGAUCUGUAAUACUUUGCCCAAGUGAGAAGCAUGAAAUGAAACAGAAAGGUGCUAUCACUGAAUUGUCAAUCCACAAUCUGAAAAUAGAAGACACAGGAACAUAUGUAUGUGAUACCGGAGAUCAACAGACCAAGGCUUGCCUAAAAGUAAAGGCCUUGCCUGUGCUUUUCAAACAAGAACUUCAGAAUGAGGAAGCUGAAGAAAAUGGUACUGCCACACUGCGCUGUGAGCUUACCAAACCCGGUGCUUCAGUAGAAUGGAAAAAGGGAUCUGUAAUACUUUGCUCAAGUGAGAAGCAUGAAAUGAAACAGAAAGGUGCUAUCACUGAAUUGUCAAUCCACAAUCUGAAAAUAGAAGACACUGGAACAUAUAUAUGUGAUACCGGAGAUCAACAGACCAAGGCUUGCCUAAAAGUAAAGGCCUUGCCUGUGCUUUUCAAACAAGAACUUCAGAAUGAGGAAGCUGAAGAAAAUGGUACUGCCACACUGUGCUGUGAGCUUACCAAACCCGGUGCUUCAGUAGAAUGGAAAAAGGGAUCUGUAAUACUUUGCCCAAGUGAGAAGCAUGAAAUGAAACAGAAAGGUGCUAUCACUGAAUUGUCAAUCCACAAUCUGAAAAUAGAAGACACAGGAACAUAUAUAUGUGAUACCGGAGAUCAACAGACCAAGGCUUGCCUAAAAGUAAAGGCUCUUCCAGUACUUUUCAAACAAGUGCUUCAGAACGAGGAAGCUGAAGAAGGUAGUACUGCCACUCUACACUGUGAGCUUACGAAGCCUGAUGCUCCCUUACAGUGGAGAAAGGGAACUGUAGUGCUUCAUCCCAGUGACAAGUAUAAAGUAAAGCAAGAGGGUCCUGUUGCUGAACUGUUAAUCUGCAAUCUGAAACUAGAGGAUACGGGGGAAUAUACAUGUGAUUCAGGAGAUCAACAAACUACAGCUUCCCUCAAAGUGACAGUUCUUCCAGUGCUUUUCAAGAAGAAGCUUCAGAAUAAAGAGCAUAAAGAAGGGAGUGUGGCUACAUUGCAGUGUGAGCUGACGAAACCUGAUGCCCCUGUAAAAUGGAAAAAGGGAUCCAUGCUACUUGAUGCUAAUGACAAAUAUGAAAUGAAGCAAAAAGGUUCAAACGUUGAGCUCAUUAUUCAUGACAUAAAACUUGAAGAUGCUGGACAAUACACCUGUGACUCUGGGGAUGAACAGACAACUGCCUCCUUAAAAGUAAAAGCCCUGCCUGUACUUUUCAAACAAGAACUUCAGAGUAAAGAAGCUGAAGAAGGCAGUACAGUGUCAUUGUGUUGUGAGGUUACGAAACAUGAUGCACCCGUUCAGUGGAAAAAAGGAUCUUCAAUACUUGACUCAAGUAACAAGUAUGAAAUGAAGCAAGAAGGUUCCAUUAUUGAGUUGCAUAUUCACAACCUAAAACCAGAAGAUGCGGGAGAAUAUACCUGUGAUUCAGGGGAUCAACAGACCACAGCCUUCUUAAAAGUAAAAGCCUUGCCUGUACUUUUCAAGAAAGAGCUGCAUAAUCAGGAGGUCGAAGAGGACAGUACUGCCAAGCUGAUCUGUGAGGUCACCAAACCUGAUGCCCCAGUGAAAUGGAGAAAGGGAUCAAUGCUGCUUGAGCCAAGUAGCAAGCAUGAAAUGAAGCAAAAAGGCCCCUGUGUUGAGUUGCUUAUUCACAGCCUAAAAUUAGAAGAUGCUGGAGAAUAUACCUGUGAUUCUGGAGAUCAACAGACCACUGCCUCCUUAAAAGUGAAGGCCCUGCCUGUACUUUUCAAACAAGAACUUCAGAGUAAAGAAGCUGAAGAAGGCAGUACAGUGUCAUUGUGUUGUGAGGUUACGAAACAUGAUGCUCCCGUUCAGUGGAAAAAAGGAUCUUCAAUACUUGACUCAAGUAACAAGCAUGAAAUGAAGCAAGAAGGUUCCAUUAUUGAGUUGCAUAUUCACAACCUAAAACCAGAAGAUGCGGGAGAAUAUACCUGUGAUUCAGGGGAUCAACAGACCACAGCCUUCUUAAAAGUAAAAGGCAUUUCUGAGGGAAUUUCUCGUACAGUGGCCCAUCAGAAGAUACUGAUUGUUGCCUUGCCUGUACUUUUCAAGAAAGAGCUUCAUAAUCAGGAGGUUGAAGAGGACAGUACUGCCAAGCUGAUCUGUGAGGUCACCAAACCUGAUGCCCCAGUGAAAUGGAGAAAGGGAUCAAUGCUGCUUGAGCCAAGUAGCAAGCAUGAAAUGAAGCAAAAAGGCCCCUGUGUUGAGUUGCUUAUUCACAGCCUAAAAUUAGAAGAUGCUGGAGAAUAUACCUGUGAUUCUGGAGAUCAACAGACCACUGCCUCCUUAAAAGUGAAGGCCCUUCCUGUGCUUUUCAAACAAGAGCUUCAGAGCAAAGAAAUUGAAGAAGAUAGUACUGCCAUUCUCAACUGUGAGAUUUCAAAACCAGGUGCCCCAGUGGAAUGGAGGAAAGGAUCUGUGGUGCUUCAUCCCAGCGACAAACAUGAAAUGAAGCAGAAAGGCUCCUGUGUUGAAUUACUUAUUCAUAACCUAAAAGCCGAAGAUGCUGGAAAGUAUACAUGCGAUUCAGAGGAUCAGCAGACAAUGGCCUUCCUAAAAGUAAAAGCCCUUCCUGUGCUUUUCAAACAAGAGCUUCAGAAUAAGGAAGCUGAAGAAGACAGUACUGCUAUUCUGCACUGUGAGAUUUCAAAACCAGAUGCCCCAGUGGAAUGGAGGAAAGGAUCUGUGGUGCUUCAUCCAAGUGAGAAGCAUGAAAUGAAGCAGACGGGUUCCUGUGUUGAGUUGGUCAUUCAUAGCCUAAAAGUCGAAGAUGCUGGAAAAUAUACAUGUGAUUCAGGGGAUCAAAAGACAACUGCAUCAUUAAGAGUGAAGGUUCUACCUGUGCUUUUCAAAGAGGAGCUUCAGAAUGUGGAGGCUGAAGAGGGUAGUACUGCUACUCUUCACUGUCUGAUCAGUAAACCCAAUGCUCCAGUGAAAUGGAGGAAAGGAUCUCUUCUAAUUCAACCAAAUGAAAAGUAUGAAAUGAAGCAAAAAGGUCCAUAUGUUGAGCUGCUGAUUCACAGUCUAAAAGUAGAAGAUGCUGGAGAAUAUACAUGUGAUUCAGGGGAUCAGCAGACGACAUCUUCCUUAAAAGUGAAGGUUCUUCCUGUACUUUUCAAACAAGAGCUUCAAAAUGAAGAAGCUGAAGAGGAUAGUACUGCCAUACUAUGCUGUGAGGUUACUAAACCUAAUGCCUCAGUGGAAUGGAGAAAGGGAUCCGUGGUACUUCAUCAAAGUGAGAAGUAUGAAAUUAAACAAAAAGGCCCUUGCCAUGAGUUGCUCAUUCAUCACCUAAAACUAGAAGAUGCUUCUGAAUAUACCUGUGAUUCUGGGGAUCAACUGACCAGAGCCUCUUUAAAAGUGAAUGCACUGCCUGUAUUUUUCAAACAAGAGCUUCAGAAUGAGGAAGCUGAAGAGGGUGGCACCGCCACUUUACGCUGUGAGAUUACGAAAUCUGAUGCCCCCGUAAAAUGGAGGAAGGGAUCGCUAGUACUUAAUCCAAGUGACAAGUAUGAAAUGAAACAAGAAGGCUCCAUUUGUGAUUUGCUUAUUCACAGCCUAAAACCAGAAGAUGGUGGAGACUAUACCUGUUAUUCUAGAGAUCAACAAACUACCGCCUCUUUAAGAGUGAAGGCGAUGCCUGUACUUUUCAAACAAGGACUUCAGAACGUUGAAGCUGAAGAGGAUAGUACUGCUGCUCUAUACUGUGAAGUUACUAAACUUAAUGCCUCAGUGGAAUGGAGGAAGGGAUCAGUAGUACUUCACCCCAGUGACAAGUACAAACUGAAGCAAGAAGGUUCAAGCAUUAAGCUGCUGAUUCACAAACUGAAGCUUGAAGAUGCUGGUGAAUAUACCUGUGAUUCUGGGGAUCAACAGACCACUGCAUCAUUAAAAGUAAAGGCUUUGCCUGUGCUUUUCAAGCAAGAGCUUCAGGACACAGAAGCUGAAGAGAAUAGCUCUGCCAUCCUGAGCUGUGAGAUUACUAAACCUGAUGCUCCAGUGGCAUGGCGGAAGGGAUCUAUAGUACUUUACCCAAGUGACAAAUAUGACAUGAUGGUAAAAGGUUCCUCUAUUGAACUGCUUAUUCGCAAUAUAAAACCUGAAGAUAGAGGGGAGUAUACCUGUGAUUCUGGUGAUCAGAAGACCACUGCCUCUUUGAAAGUGAAGGCUCUGCCUGUGUUUUUCACACAAGAACUUGAGAACACAGAAGCUGAAGAGGGUAGUAUGGCCACUUUGUGCUGUGAGAUUACCAAACCUGAUGCUCCAAUGGAAUGGAGGAAAGGCAUUGUAUUACUUCAAUCAAGUGAUAAGUAUGAAAUGAAGCUUGAAGGUUCCUGCAUUCAGUUGUUUAUACACAACCUAAAACUAGAAGACCAAGGAGAAUAUACCUGUGAUUCUGGGGACCAGAAGACUACUGCAUUUCUAAAAGUGAAAGCCUUGCCAGUGCUUUUCAAACAAGAACUUCAGAAUGUGGAGGCAGAAGAGGGUGGUACAGCCAAAUUGCACUGUGAGCUUACUAAACCUGAUGCUGCAGUAGAAUGGCGAAAAGGAUCAGUGGUACUCCUGCCAUGUGGAAAAUAUGAAAUGAAGCAACAAGGUCCCAUUGUAGAAUUGUUCAUCUGUGAUGUAGAACCGGAAGAUGCUGGUGAAUACACGUGUGAUUCUGGCGAUAAACAAACCUCUGCUUCUCUAAAUGUAAAAGCCCUGCCUGUGCUGUUCAAAAAAGAGUUACAAAAUGAAGAAGCUGAAGAGAGUAAUGUGGUCACCUUGCAUUGUGAAAUUACUAAGCCUGGUGCUCCAGUAGAAUGGAGAAAAGGAUCUUUAAUUCUUCAUCCUAGUGACAAGUACGAAAUGAAACAGGCUGGUGCCAUUGUCCAGUUAUUAAUCCACAACGUUAAUGUGGAAGAUACUGGUGAAUAUACCUGUGAUUCUGGGGACCAACAGACUACUGCCUACUUGAAAGUUAAUGCUGCACCAAUCACCUUGCAAAAAGAACUACAGAGCAUAGAAGUGGAGGAGUAUGACACAGGGACCCUACAUUGUGAACUAUCAAAACCUAAUGUCCCCGUUACCUGGAGGAAAGGAUCAUUGUUGAUCUCUCCAAACGAGAAGUAUGAAAUGAAACAGGAAGGUCCUAUACAAAUAUUGCAGAUUCAUGACUUAAAAUCGGAAGAUGCAGGAGAGUAUACUUGUUCUUUUGGGGAUCAGCAAACUACAGGUUCCGUAACUGUGAAAGUCUUGCCUGCACUUUUCAAGCGAUGGCUUCAGAAUGUGGAAGUGGAAGAAGGCCACACUGCCACACUGCACUGUGAACUCACUAAAUCUGAUGUCUCAGUAGAAUGGAGAAAGGGAUCUGUGGUGCUUCAACCAAAUGACAAGUAUGAAAUGAAACAGAACGGUCCCAUUGCUGAGUUAUUAAUUCACAAUCCGAAGGUAGAAGAUGCUGGAGAAUAUACCUGUGAUUCUGGCGAUCAACAGACCACUGCGUCCUUAAUUGUCACAGAGCCAGAUGUAACGAUUGUUGAUGGUUUGAAAAACGUGGAAGUAGUUGAAGGUGCAGAUGCUUUGUUUGAAUGUAAAGUCUCCCAUGAGAAUGCACAAGGUGUUCAGUGGGUUCUGGGAGGAAUUGAACUGCAGAAUAAUGAAAUGAAUGAAAUUGCAGUGCAGAAUGGCAAUAUUCACACCAUGCUGUUGAGGAAAGUCACACCGGAUGACACUGGUGCUGUGAUCUUCAAGAUUGGGAAGUACAUUUCUUCAGCACAACUUAAUGUCAAAGCUAUUCCAACAACUUUCACUCAACUGCUUCAAAACAUGGAAGUGAAUGAGGUUGAAACAGUGACUUUAACAUGUACACUCUCACAAGCCAAUGUUCCAGUUGUAUGGAAGAAAGGAUUAACAACAAUUUCUCAAAGUGAGAAAUAUGAAAUCAAGCAGCAAGGUUGUGUACAUAUGUUAUGCAUAUGUGACCUGAAGCCAGAGGAUUCAGGUGAAUAUACCUGUGUUUCUGGGGAUCAGCAAACCACAGCUUCCUUAACAAUAAAAGUAUCGGAAGUUAAAAUUGUUGAAUGCCUAAAGGAUGUAACGGUCUUUGCUAAUGAAACCGCUGUGUUUGAGUGCCGAGUAUACCCUGAAAAUUUUGCCGAUGUACAGUGGUGCUUGGGAGACACCCCUUUACAACCUAAUGAAAUGAAUGAAAUAUCUGUUGAACAUGGAAUGAUUCACACUCUGAAAUUAAAGAAUGUCACUCAGGAUGACUCUGCUACUGUAACCGUUAAAGUUGGAAAACACACUUCCUCUGCAAAACUUCUAGUUAAAGCUGCACCUAUAUACUUUAUAAAGAAACUGCAAAGCCAGGAGGGAGAUGAAGGUGGCAUGCUAACGCUGCACUGUGAACUCACUAAGGCUGGUGUCCCAGUCACAUGGAGGAGAGGAGACCAAAAGCUUUGUCAUGGUGACAAGUAUGAACUGUUUCAAAAAGGCUCUGCUCUUGAAUUGUUAAUCCACAAUCUGAAGCAAGAGGAUGCUGGAGAAUAUACUUGUGAUUCUGGUGAUGACCAAACAACAGCUAUUCUGACUGUCAAAGCUUUACCUGCCUAUUUCAAACAAGAGCUUAAGAAUGAGGAAGCUGAAGAAGGUCACACAGUCACACUGCGCUGUGAACUUUCUAAACCUGAUGCUUCUGUGGAAUGGAGAAAGAGACUUGCAGUGCUUCAACCAAGCGACAAGUAUGAAAUGAAGCGAAUUGGUGCCAUUGCUGAGUUGUUAAUCCACAAUGUGAAACAAGGAGAUGCUGGCAGAUAUAGUUGUUAUUCUGGAAAUCUACAAACAACAGCCUCCUUAACUGUUAGAGAAUCAGAAAUAAAAGUUGUUUCUGGUUUAAAGAAUACUGAUGUCUUUGCUGGUGAGUCAGCCACAUUUAGUUGCGUGCUUUCACACAAGGAGGUGGAAAAUGUGCAAUGGUGGUUGGAUGGGUCACCCUUGCAGAACAAUGAUCUGAAUGAGAUAUCCGUUCAAGAUGGAAAUAUCCAUACAUUGACGUUACAAAGCCUGGGAACUGAUGACUCGGGAACGGUGACUUUUAAGGCUGGGACACUUAUUUCUUCAGCAAAAUUAUUAGUUAAAGCAAAGCAACCUGAUAUUCUCGAAGGGCUGGAAAAUGUAGAUACAUCAGAAGGCGGUGAAGCUUUGUUUGAAUGCCACUUGUCCAGGCCAGAGUUACAUGAUUACAAGUGGCUGAUGGAUGACAUUGCCAUUACACAGUCUGAAAAUGUAGAAAUGGCAAUCCUUGAAGCUGGAAAACGACAUCUGUUACUGUUAAAGAACUUAAUUCCCUCAGACAGCUGUCGAGUGACCUUUGUAUCUGGAAAUGCCAUGUCAUCAGCCUAUCUAACUGUUAAAGGAUGGCACAUUAGCAUUUUGCAGAAUUUGAGCGAUACUGAAGUGCUCCGAGGUAAUGCUGCUGAAUUUGAGUGUGUAUUGAAUGAAGUGGUCCCUACUACUGAAGUGAGCUGGUAUCUGAAUGAAACUGAUAUCCAAUCAGAUGAACAUUGGGAAACUAAGGCAGAAAAGAACACUCACAAACUCAUACUGAAGAAUGCCCAAUUUAAUCAUUCUGGAGAAAUAACAUUUGCUUCAAGAGAUGCCAUUACAUCAGCAAAACUAACUGUUAUUGGCCUUCCUGACCCUCCUGAGGAUCCAGAGGUCGUUAGAAAGAACCACCAAUCUGUCACCCUCUCUUGGUUCACACCAUUGAGCAAUGGUAGUAGUGUUAUACUAGGCUACCAUGUUGAGAUGAAGCCCGCUGACAGCGACUGCUGGUUGCCAUGUAAUACAAAAGUGAUUGAAGAGAUGGAGUUCACUGUUGAUAAUCUAAUACCGGGCACUGGAUACAGAUUCCGUGUUUCAGCUCUGAACCGGGCUGGUGCCGGGGAACCUGUUCAUUUACCACAGACGGUUCUGCUGGAGGCUCCUGUGGCUGUCACCAUUCCUCUUUCUAACAUUACUAUAAAGAAUGGAGAAUCUGGCAAACUGGAAUGUGAAUUUUCCACUGAAUGUAUUAAUGUGAUAUGGCUCAAGAAUGAUCAGCACAUUGAAGCAAGCAGCAAAUAUGAGAUUAUUUCUGACAAAAAGAAAUACUAUCUGAUUAUUCACAAUUGCAGUGCUGAGGAUGAAGGGAGGUACACCUGUAUGGUGUCCUCAGAUAUAAAAACAUCUGCUGAAGUCUGUUUGGAUGUUACAAUACCACCCAUUCCAGCCCAAGAUUGGGAAAUUCCACAGGAGCAAGAUAAAGUUACUGUUGAACUAAUAGACGGGGAAGAGAUUCCUCCCAAACCAAGCUUGCCACCCGAGGCAGCGCAAGAAGGUGACUUGCAUCUUCUGUGGGAAGCCUUGGCCAAGAAGCGAAGAAUGAGUCGAGAGCCAACACUUGAUUCCAUCAGUGAAGUACCAGAAGAAGAUGACAAAGCUCAGAAGCGAAGGCUACAGAAAGCUAUGGAAAUUGAAGAUUUUUCUACAGAUGAAAUGUCUAGAACAUGUGAUUCUUAUACAAGUUCUGAUGACGAGUCAAGAUCUGGUACUCCAUCCCUUGUUCAUUACCUGAAAAAGGCAGGAAAAUCAACCAUAACCAUAGCUGGAAAAGUGCAAACUAUUUCCACAAACAAAUUUUGGAAACACUGGGAGACUUCAACCUCUGAACCUGACCUAUUACAAGAUGUACCUGUCAUAGAAGAAGACCCAUCUCUUGUUGAAGCUGCUACAAAAAUCCAGGCUGCAUUUAAAGGUUAUAGGACUAGGAAGGAACUUAAACAGCAAGUCACACCUGUGUUUGCUGAAGUUUUUAAAUCUCAGAUAAGUAAACUAGGUCAAACUAUCCAUCUUGAGUGUGUGGCCCAGAGUAAAUCUGAAAUCAAGGUGCGGUGGCUCAAAGAUGGAGAAGAAAUUGUUGAUGGAAAGCAUUACCACAUUGAUAAUUAUAGUGAUGGAACUUGCUCCUUAAUUAUUGCAAGUGUGGAACAAAAAGACACUGGAACAUAUACUUGUGAGGCUUCCAACAAGUUUGGUACAACUUCUCACAGUGGAAAAAUUACCGUCAGUAGUGAUGCAAAGGAAACAGUUAAGAAGGUCAAACAAGGCAUUGGUAUAAAGUACAGCACUGACAGUGAACCAGAAAGUUCUUCAGGAAGUGAUGUUGAUGAUGCUUUCCGUAGAGCAGGCAAACGACUUCAUAGACUUUUGCAUUCGAAACUGUCUUUUGAGUUUUCUGACGUGGAAGAAGAGUUUUUUGUUAGUGCUGAUGAAGGAGAUGAAGAUAUCUUGGACAAACAGACUUACCAUGAGGAUGAAAAUUACAUUUAUAUAAAGUUUGAUACUUUGACUGAGGCUGAAAUGGCAGCAACCAGAUUUAAGGAAAUAUUUAUUGGUCAAGGAAUUCCUGUUCACAUUGAUAUCUGCGAGGAAGGAAGCAGAGUUGAAAUUCGGAUUAAGAAAGUUUCUCGGCCCCCUGCUGCAAUUGGAGAAGAUCAGACCAAUAGGGAAGAGGGAUUACAUGAUAGUCUUGUUGAGUCUGCACCCCAUGUUGUAUCUGAGCUCCAAAACCAGGACGUUCAAGAAGGCUACCCUGUCAGUUUUGAUUGCAUGAUAGCUGGAUAUCCACCUCCAGCAGUUCGAUGGUUUAAGGAUGGGAAGCUGAUUGAGGAGAAUGAUCAUUAUAUGAUCAACGAAGACCAGGAUGGAUGCCAUCAACUUAUUUUAACAUCUGUGAUUUUGAGUGAUAUGGGAGUGUAUAGAUGUGUGGCAGAAAACUACAUUGGCGUUACUUCGACAAAGGCAGAGCUAAGAGUCGACAUUAGCAGCUCAGACUAUGAUACAGCAGAAGCCACCGAGACAUCUUCCUACGUCAGUGCCCAAGCUUCUCUUACACGGGAGCAGAAUUUGGAAGGUGUGGAAUCACAGGCUGAAGAAGAACAGCUACCUCAGAUCAUAGAGGAGCUUCAUGAUGUCUUUGUUACUGUUGGAGCUCCAAUAGUAAAACUACAAAUUAAAAUUAAAGGUUACCCAAUCCCUCGUGUUUAUUGGUUUAAAAAUGGUAAACCUCUGCGUGCCACAGAUGCAAUUCUGAUGACUGACAAUAAAGGAGAUCAUUCACUAGAAAUUCUAAAUGUUUCCAAAGAAACUGGUGGUGAAUAUGCAGCUUACAUCAGCAAUUCAUCAGGCUCUGCCUAUACAUCUGCUAUCAUACACGUUCAAAGCCCCGGAGAAGAGAUUGAGAAGCGUAUGCCUGAAGAAAAGUCAGAAAAACUGGAGAAGCUAAUUCCACCAAGAUUCCUGGAAAAGUUCACAAGCAAGAAUGUAAAGAAAGGAACGAGCAUUACCUUAACUGUCAGGGUCGAAGGAUCUCCAAUACCUGAUAUAACGUGGCUUAAAGAGGAGACAGUGGAAGAUGUUGUCUGGAUUAAACAAGAUACACCAGGUUAUAAAUUGGCCAGCUCAAAUAUGCAGCACAGUCUAAUCCUGCUGGAUAUAGGGAAAGAGUACACUGGAGUCUACACCUGUAUUGCUACAAACAAGGCUGGCCAGUCCAUCUGCUCUGCUCACCUGGAUGUUGUAGAUGAAGUCGAAGCUUCAACAGAAGAAACCACAACUUUGAAAGAAGCUAUUAUGCAAACAUUCCUACACGGACCACAAGAAACUGACCAUAAAGGACCAGAGAAAAAUCAGAGAGAAAUACUAACAGAAGUCAGCAAAGAAGUUUCUACAACCACAGCUUUCCCGCAUUUUUCACUAGCAGAUGUUGGCACGGAAGAAUUCCUGCAGAAAUUAUCAUCUCAGAUCACGCAAAUGGUCUCUGCAAAAAUCACCCAAGCUUCACUUCGUGUUCCUGGAGCAGAAAGUGAUGAGGAAGCAAAGACUCCAUCUCCAUCUCCACGUCAUGGUAGAUCCAGGCCUUCUUCUAUUGUCAACGAAUCCUCCUCCGAGUCUGAAGAUGCAGAAACCAGAGGCGAGGUUUUUGACAUUUAUGUGGCUACAGCAGACUACAACCCACUACCAACUGAGAAAGAGUCCAUUCACCUUAAAGAGCGGCAAUAUGUGGAGGUUCUUGACUCUGCACACCCACUGAAAUGGCUGGUUAGGACCAAGCCUACUAAAACUACACCGGCCAGACAAGGUUGGGUAUCUCCUGCCUAUCUGGACAAAAGAUUGAAGUUCUCAACUGAAGUUGCACUAGAAAGCCCUGAAUUCUCCGGGGAGUUUGAAUCAGAAGAGGAGUACAGGAGAAAGUUAUACCUCCUUGUGCAGGACCUGAUUGCAACUGAAAAAGAGUUCACAAGAGAUUUAGAAUUCUUUGUCGAUCAUCAUGUCAAACAUAUCGAAACAUGUCCCCAUGUACCACCCUCAGUAGCAAAUAGCAAACAAACGAUUUUCCAAAAUAUUCAUGAAAUUGCUGAUUUCCACAUCAGCACCUUCCUGAAUGACCUUAUGAAAUGUCAGACAGAUGAUGAUAUUGCAUUAUGCUUCAUCAAGAACAGAGAUGGAUUUGAUAAAUACAUGCAAUACCUUGUUGGACGGGUACAGGCUGAAUCUCAUAUCAUGAACCCAGCUGUCCAAGACUUUUAUAAUAAAUACACAGAUGAAGUGUCAUCAGCACAGGACCCAUCAGAACCCCCAGUGUUACCUAUACAUGCUUAUUUAGAGAAACCUCCCAAUAGACUCUUGAAAUAUCAGAAUAUUCUCAAGGAGCUAAUUCGGAACAAAGCAAGAAAUAAUAAAAACUGUGCUCUGUUAGAGGAAGCAUAUGCUGUCGUGUCUGCUCUUCCCAAACGUGCUGACAACAACCUACAUGUUUCAAUGAUUGAAAACUAUCCAGGAACUUUGGAAUCUCUUGGUGACCCCAUCAGACAGGGACAAUUCAUUGUGUGGGAGGGUGCUCCUGGUGCAAGGCUGUCAUGGAAAGGUCACAAACGCAUUGUUUUUCUCUUCAAAAAUCAUUUGCUGAUUUGCAAACCAAAAAGAGACAGCAGGACAGAUACACAAUGCUACAUCUUCAAAAACCUGAUGAAGCUCACUAACAUCGAUGUGAAUGACUUUGUGGAAGGCGAUGAACGAUCUUUUGAAAUCUGGCACGAAAGAGAAGACUCAGUGCGUAAAUACACGCUCCAGGCCCGAACUGUGAAUAUAAAGAUUUCAUGGGUAAAAGACAUUAGUGGCAUACAGCAGCGUUUUAGUCUACCUGCCUGGAAUCCCCCUGAAUUUGUGGAGAAACUGGCAGAUUGUACUGCUGAAAUGGGACAAACAGUGAAACUGGCGUGCCUGGUUAUCGGAAAUCCCAAGCCAGUUGUCACAUGGUAUAAAGAUGGCAAGGCCGUGGAGGUUGACCCACAUCACAUUAUAAUAGAGGAUGAAGAUGGCUCCUGCACACUGAUCUUGGAUACCCUUACUGCUGCCGACUCAGGGCAGUAUAUGUGUUAUGCAGCCAGUGCUGCAGGAAAUGCCAGUACACUUGGAAAGAUUCUUGUACAAGUCCCUCCAAGGUUUGUCAGCCGCCUUAGAAACAUCCCAUUUAUUGAGAAUGAAGAUACACAGUUUGCAUGCACUAUUGAAGCUGCACCAGCCCCACAGAUAAGAUGGAGUAUUGAUGGUUCACCAUUAACAAAUAAAACAAAGUACCAGACUUUCUACGAUCCGCAGUUUGGAGUUGCAGUGCUGGUCAUCAAAAACACAGAAAAAAAUGAGCUUGGAAUCUAUGAAUGUGAAGUUACAAACAAGCUGGGUACAGCCAGAGAUGUUGCAGAGCUUUAUCUUCAGGCUCCUGUUCUGAUUCCAGAAAGGAAAGGAGACCAAGUUGUCAUGAUUGAAGUCACUGAACAAGAGACUAAAGUUCCCAAGAAAACCAUCAUCAUUGAGGAGACUAUUACAACAGUAGUCAAAAGCCCAAAGGUUAAACGACGCAGAUCUUCAAGUAUCUCCCCUGCAAGAUUGCCAAGAUCACAAGAAACAGUACCAGAAAUAGCUUUCUCAGCUAGACCCAAGAGGCCAACUCCUAAGCUUCAGCCUGAACCCAGAGAAACCCCCAUGAAAAAGCCACCUAUUCCUGCAGUUUUGAUAACAGAACCCGAAGAACAAGGCGCAGCUGCAAGACAUAUUUUUGUUAAAACUAAAGAACAAGAACAAAAGCCGAGUUGGAUAGAAGUUGAAGAAGUGAUUGAAUUCAAAGUUAAGCAAAGCACAAAACCUGAAAGGAAAAGAUCAGUGUCCCCUUCUACCCGCACCUUAUCUGAGCAUAGACAGGUCAGACAUAGAUCUUCAAGUCCAAGAUCUAAGCGACCUCUUACAUUUGACCCUAACAUAAACAACUCAAACAAUAAUCUGGUAGAACAAAUGCGAUCUUCUAUUUCAGAAGAAAAUCUAAACAAUGCAGAUGCUCAGUCUCUUGUCUGUGAAGCUGAGACUACCACAGAGAUUGAACCCAUCACAUCAGAUGACAUUAAUCUUGACUGUAUAUUAGACCAUUUUGCUGAUGCUUCUUAUGAAGCAUCUGCUCAUGCAGUGAAUGAAUACAAUAUUCAACCAAGUGUAAAUGAAGAUCAAUGCAAAUCUAAUACCCACCUGCUUGAAGUGGAAACACCACUUGUUGCACAUGUAGGUGAAACUAUUAUGUUAAGUUUUGAAACACCUGAACCCAUGGAUGAUGAACAGCUAUCCUUCAAAAAUCUAUCUGAUAUUAAAACAGCAUCUCCUUUGGCGGUUGUGGAUCUCCCAUUGGACAUUUCUGGUGAUGAAAUGGAGGAAUUUAAGCCAGAGCAUGAAGAAGAAAUAGAUACAGUAGAUGAAAAUGUCAUUAUUGAUGAAUCCCAUGAACCCAGCAGUGAUGAUCUAAUAAACAGGGACACCAAAAUUUUGACUCAUAAUGGCAAGUUAUUAACUUUGGAAGACCUUGAAGAUUACAUUCCUGCUCAAGGAGAAACCUACAAGUGUGAGGAUUCAGUUGACCAAGAUUUCCCAUCAGCUGCUAGUUCCAACGAGCCAUGUGAAAUUUCUGUUCUACAGGCAGAAAUAAAUGAACCUACAAUUGGCAAACCAGUUUUACUUAAUGUCGGGAGACCGGUUGUUCCUAAGAUGAAACCAAGUUAUUUGCAUCAGUUUGGAGAUCAACGACCUGGAGGCAUAUUCAUGUCAACAUCUCGAGUGACGGAAAUGCAUUCAGUGGGGCCAUCAAAUUUAUCAGUACAUGUCAGUGGAUCAUGUACUGAAUCAGUCAUCCACUCCUCAACAGCAACAGAGAAGAAACCACCAUUUGAAUUAAAAACAUCUUUUUGCACUGAAGUGCAGUGUUCUGUGGACAGUGGACAGCCAAGCUUUAAAACUGAAGUUUCUACAAGAACUCUUAACUAUGGAGAAACUGUCACUUUACAUAUCAAUAAGAAAGACCCACCAGAGGAGCCCAGCAAAAGCAAACAUGAUAAACUUAAAAAAUAAUCUUAUGAUGUGGGAGCAUCUCACCUAGUUUAAGAUGAAAUAUAGCAAAGGAGAAAAUGUAAUUAAUAAAGUAUUUCUAGUCUUAAGGGAGAACAUUUAGAAGAAGAACUUCUAAUAAAGUUAGUGCACACCAUUCCAAAUAAUGCAAAAGUUUCAAUAAAACUAUUGGACUUCCAAAUUUAUAAUAAACAUAAAUAUGUUAAGAAUUUACAAGAAAUCAUGCAGUCCUCUUCAUAGGUAUUAGUUUUCCAAGGAAUAUAAUUAAAGAUUAUUCAAAUGUUCUCUCUUUAGUUGGGUCUUGUGAUCACUGCAGAACCGACCAGUCAAACUGACAGUAUACUCAGUUUAAAUAAGUGUGUUAUCAUCACUGUGACUUCUUGGUUUCAUGCCAGUAUGAUCAAAAAUGCUGGAGUACACAAAGAGAUGUUGACACUGUCAUGCACCAUUAAAAUGCCUAAUUUAAAGGGAUAAGAAUUAUUUUGUGUUUUCAAAGGAAAACCGCAAUUAAUCAUUCUGGAUGUCAUAUCAAUCAUUGGAGUUUCUUAUUUUGAAAAUUUACAUCUGAUUUUGCUGAUUUGUCAGACAAUUUUUGCUGAUUUGGCAACGGACAAUCUUUUGUUGUCCCUUGUGGAUUAAGUGUUAACUCUGAGAAAAAAAAUAUACCAUGUAGAACUCAAUUUUGUAUUUUUGCAACAAUUUCAUCACAGUUCUACUAACUUUAUUGAGAAAUCGCCUUGUGGGUUGUCUAACGGAAGGACGUUAGGGGGUUGUAGUAUUCAACCAUUUUAGACUAAUGUUGCUCAAGCUAUGAGACAGGCAUGCACUUUUUUGCUGAAAUUGAUUGUCACUGAACCUCUGAUAAAACAUUUGUUGUCCCCAACUUUUCAAAAACAGUAAAAUAAUGGAAAGAAGAUCAUCAGAGCAAACAAAUAUUAGAUAAUGACAAUUAAUGUGGUGUGGCAAACUUUAGAUAACAUAGAACAUUCUUACACUUGCCCAUGGCCAUAGGACUUGUGUCUGACUUGAUCAAAAUCGCAGGCUGUUUUCCAAAAUAAAUGACAUAACAGACUAUAGAAAACUUGUUCUCAGAACUAAACUCUUCUUCUGAUCAAUACAAUUUUAGUAUUUUCUCCCUAUUUAUUUUAGAGAAUGGAAAGUUUGUUGCAAUCUUGAAUGUUUAUGCAUUUAGGAUCCAUCCAUCUGUUUAGAUGUCAACAUGUAACUUCCACAAUACUAUCUGAAUGAUUUAUAAUAUUGUACUCUUUUUAAAAAUGUGCAAAUACCUACUUUCCUGUUUAACAUUCAUUUAGUUACUCCUAAUAUUAUUCGGUUUGAAGUAAGAAAUAGUGGCUGAGUUCAAAAAAAUUCUAAUGACUUCUACAGUCACGUGGAUAGUUAAAAAAAAAUUGGAGUGGGAGGUUUAAGCUGAGUUUAUAAUUUCUUCCACCAAUGCUAGUUAAGUGCAGGAUGUGCAGCACAUUUUGAUUAUUUGUGUUCUCCAUGCCAUAGACUGUUAAAAGGAUGUGUGGUGGUGUGUAUUAGUACAGUACUUUUUUUUGGGCCACUAAAAGACCUGUAAUUUUAAUGCAAUAUGAAUAUUAAAUUACUUCAAAAAUACCAGCUUACAAAUGGUGAGCUCCAGCAGGCAGAUUGCUAUAUGAAACUUUAUUGCACGCCUACAUUUGCAAAUCUUGAAACUUGGUAACAAACAAAAAGUAAAAAAAGGUUAUUUCAAAGAAUGAGUGCAACAGCCAUGACAGUACUGCAUCUUGAAAAGAAAACUUGUGCAAUAUACAUUAACUUUGACAAAUUGGUACCUUCAAAUAUAUUAAGUAAUGUAUCUUGUACAGAAUGUGUUUAAAAACAGCAUAAAAUGUUUGGUGCAUACUUGUAUGUUUUGUAAGGGGAUAAUAUAUUUUUAGAUAUGUAUAGUGUAUUAAAAAAUUGAAGUGUGUCUCCUAAUUUCUGUGUGGUAUUUUUGAACCCCUUAAUAAAGUCUAGUUUCUGCGA